GUUAAAAAGCAGCAAUAAUUUUUCUCGUGCGUUUGCAACUAAAAAAAUUCACAAAAUAAUUGAAAAGUGUAAUUUUUUUUAAUUUAAACACAAGCAGAACCAGUUCAGAAUGCACAGAGGUGCAUUUUAUCGAAAAUUAAUUUGACCCAAAGUAAAUCGUUCCGGUGAAGUGAACUACUCAGAAAUAGCAGUUAAAAAUACAAACAAUACGCUCUCAAAUUGAUUUGAUCAAGAAAAUAAAAAAAAUGUCACAAAAAGAUAGGCAUCAAGUCUUCCCCUCCAACGGGGCACAAAUGUUGAUGAAAUCACGUCUAGUUGGUGCUCAAAAAGGUCAUGGCUUGCUAAAGAAGAAGGCAGAUGCAUUGCAAAUGAGAUUCCGGCUAAUUCUUGGCAAAAUCAUCGAAACAAAAACUUUGAUGGGUGAAGUUAUGAAGGAAGCUGCAUUUUCAUUGGCCGAAGCAAAAUUCACAACGGGUGAUUUCAAUCAAGUCGUUUUACAGAACGUCACCAAAGCGCAAAUUAAAAUCCGCACAAAGAAGGACAAUGUGGCUGGUGUUACACUUCCCGUGUUUGAAUCAUACACCGACGGUUCUGAUACCUACGAAUUGGCUGGUCUAGCUCGUGGUGGUCAACAAUUAUCGAAAUUAAAGAAGAACUACCAAGCGGCCGUUAAAUUGUUGGUGGAAUUAGCUUCGCUACAAACUUCAUUCGUUACACUUGAUGAAGUUAUUAAAAUUACCAAUCGACGUGUCAACGCCAUCGAGCACGUCAUUAUCCCACGUAUCGAACGCACAUUGGCCUACAUUAUUUCCGAAUUAGAUGAGUUGGAACGUGAAGAGUUCUAUCGUCUCAAGAAGAUUCAGGAUAAAAAACGUAUCGCCAGAAAGAAAGAAGAGGCCCGGAAAGCGGCCCUGCUGGAACAAGGAAUUGACGUGCGCGAAUCUGCCAACAUUUUGGAAGAAGAAGACAAUGACUUAUUGUUCUAAACUCACUUAAUUUCAUUAUCUUAUUCAAUCGCAACAAGUUCUUUUUUCAUGCAUUGCCAAUUACUCCGGCUGGGGUGCAUGCAACACAAAAACAAUAGAAUUGGAAUUUUAGAAAUGACAAUGUAUUUCUUUUUGUUUUUAUUUUUUGCCAUUCACAAAAGUCCAAAAUUUCGAAAAUAUAUAUCCAGCACCAAUAAUAUUGUUAGGCUGUUGAUUUUAAUUCAAAAACACUGUGCAAAAAAGUAUAAUGUACAAUAAUUAUUUGGGUAUGAUGUAAAAUGAUCAGUAUUUUAAUUGGCAAAACAUGUUCAUUAAAAAUAUAUAAAACCAUUGGUUGACCACUCGAUUGAGUAUUGAACGAA